AUGCUAACCGCCUCGUCGUGUAGAGACUGCUUCUUGCGAUAUGCCACUGUAAAGGCCCUCCAGCGUAUAGACAAGUAUCGCUCGGUCAAACACGCCCCCCACGACCGACAGCGCAAGCUCUUGUUGCCUCUGUCCUAUGGCGUGUCGUCCACGGUGCUGUUACACAUGUUGAACGAGCACCUCGAGCGGCAAGUCGCUGGAGGAAAAGGCCGUGUCGCAUACGAGCUGCAUGUGCUUGUUGUCGAACCAUCAACCAUCUCCCCCGCCAGUCCAUCCUGCGAGGCAAGGUUUGAGUUGGUCAAAAAAUGCUUUCCCCGACAUACAUACACGACGGUGCCGUUUCAUAGUAUCUUCCAAUAUGAUCCGGAUAUAAAGGACGCCAUGUAUCAGUUUGCAGGACCAAACUUUGUGGAUGAUGAAGCCAAAUCGGACCACGAUCGCCUCGAGGCUUUGCGGGCCUCGAUUCCUAGUGCUACAUCCAAAGAUGAUGUCGACAACAUUCUCCUACUCAGGCUGAUUGCUGCGUGCGCGAAACACUACGGUUGCGAAUGUGUGAUCUGGGGAGAUUCAGACAGCCGUCUGGCCGCAAAGACUCUUGCCAACGUGGCCAAGGGACGUGGAGCCUCGUUAACAUGGCAAGUCUGCGACGGUAUGUCCCCGUGGGGCGUACAAUUUAUUUUCCCGCUUCGGGAUCUAUACAAAUCGGAAAUACAACUCUAUGCAAGCCAGGUUCCUAGCCUGGAAGAGAUUGUCAUUCCUGAACAGCCAACAUCGGAGACCAUGUCCAACCGGAAUCUCUCGAUUGACGAGCUCAUGAAGCAAUACAUCCAGACCCACAGUGAGAAGUAUCCGGGCGUGAUGGCUAAUGUGGUACGGACCGUGAACAAACUGCAACAACCUCCGAUCACAGCAGAUCAGGCACGAUGCGCUCUCUGUGCUGCUGCUCUUGAGACAGCGGGUGGUUCCGCUGAUGGGACACCCAGCGAGGCUCAGGCCCGAUUUUGUUAUGGAUGCGCAAGAUCUGCGCCCGAGCAAGUCACUCGACGGAACGGAUGA